UUUAUCAAUGAAGAGAUCGCCGGAAAAUGCUUCCUCAUUUCUUAGCCGGAAAACUUUUUGGUGGUUCAACUCAAUGUGUGCCCUAGGCCGUCGGAAGCCUUUAGAGAUUGAAGACCUUUACUCUCUAAACCCAGAAGAGACAUGUGCGACACUGGUGCCCCAAUGGGAAUUUCUAUGGAAUAGAUCAAUUCAAGAUUAUUACAAUUCAAAAUCUGAAGCUCAACAAAGAAAAGGCGAUUCUACUGACUCCUCGGAGGAUUCCGAUGUUGUGGUUGAGGUUGACGAUUCGUUGCCGUUGGUUAAUGGUGGGACUGGUCACCAGGAAUCAUUACCGCAUUACGGAACUCUACCUUCAAAACCAACAUCAGAAGUUAAGAAAAAGACAAAGAGGAAAAAACAAAAAUGUGAUAAAUUCCAAUCUCAACCCUCUACACCGCCCUCAAUUAUUGGACAUCUUUUUCAUAUUUUUCGUCUUACUAUACUUAAUGCAAUGAUUGUCAAAUUGUUUUCUGAUUUGUUACAAUUUACUAAUCCAGUACUUCUCAAGUUGUUAAUUGCCUUUACUGAAGACCCUUCAAUUCCAAUGUGGCAAGGUGUUGGACUUGCAGCUUUAAUGUUUAUUGCUUCAGAAUUGAGUUCGUUAAUGCUUAAUCAUUAUUAUUAUUUGAUGUUUCGUUUGGGCGUUCGAAUUCAGUCGGUAUUAUCUGCUGCUGUUUACAAAAAGACUCUUCGUCUUUCAAGCUCCUCUCGUCAUGAAAAGACUGUUGGAGAAAUAGUUAAUUUGAUGGCUAUUGAUGUUGACCGUUUUCAGCAAAUAACACCUUUAACUCACCAAUAUUGGAGUACUCCUCUACAAGUGUCUUUAGCUCUUUGGAUGUUAUGGAGUCAGAUUGGCGCCUCUGUUCUCAGCGGAGUUGCUGUUAUGCUUUUGCUUUUGCCAGUGAAUUCAUUGAUUACAAUGCAAACAAAAAAGUAUCAGAUGCGUCAAAUGACUGUAAAAGAUGAACGUACAAAAAUGGUUAACGAAGUCCUUAAUGGUAUUAAAGUCAUCAAACUUUAUGCCUGGGAACCGCCAAUGGAAAAAGUCAUCACUAAACUACGAAACAAAGAACUUUCUCUCAUUCGAAAAUCAGCCUUUCUUCGGACACUUAGCGAUAUGCUUAACAGUGCUGUGCCUUUUCUUGUAGCUCUUUCAACUUUCGCAACAUAUGUGCUUAUUGAUCCAGAAAAAAAUUUGUUGACACCAGAAAUUGCUUUUGUUUCACUGACUUUAUUCAAUCAAUUAAGACAACCAAUGAGUACUGUUGCAGAUUUAAUUUCACAGACUGUUCAGGUUACUGUCAGCAAUAAUCGACUUAAACAUUUUCUUGUAGCUGAGGAGCUAAAUGAUUAUGUCGAAAAAUUUCCUAUUGAGGAUGACACUUCUUCGCCACCUCUUAGUUUUUAUCAAAAUAAUGCAAUUGUUGCAGAGAAUGCAUCAUUUAGUUGGGACCGUACAGACAACCAACCGGUUCUUCACUCAUUAAAUUUUACAAUUCCAAGACAAAAGCUUGUUCUCAUUGUUGGCACUGUUGGAUCUGGGAAAAGCAGUAUUUUGAUGGCUCUACUUGGUAUUUUUACUAUUAGUUAUUUUUUAGGAAUGGAAGCGUUUUUGUCCGUCUAUUUGCUUCCAUGUCUUUUUUUAUGUACAAAAAUAUCGUUAUUGUGUAUUUUCCUUUUUCAUCUAAAAUUUUCUAUUUACCAAUAA